GACUGUAAGCACGCGCGUGCGGUUAUGAGAUAAGCGCAUAAUAAGUUCCUGUCACAUGUAUACAAGGACUCACAAUAAACAAACAAACAAAAGGGGCUUUUACAGAAAUAAAGAGUCGAAGUCAAAGGUGACGUUGUCGGCAGAUAAUGAUGAUAUACAGUGAAGUCAGACUGGAGAAAAAAAAGAACUGAAUGCAGGUGAUGAGUGGUGGUGAUGUGUGUGUGGAGGUGCAGUGACUACGUCAUGGAUUUCCUCUGCAAUCUGCUGUGUCUCUCUAAUCACGCCUGUAUUCUGGGCACUCUGCUCAGCCGCUUCCGUUACCCGACCUGUGGUCCGACGGUGACGAACUGGAAGAAUUACUUCACAAUGGGAACCCUGGAACCAUCCCUAGUUCCUGGAUGAGCUGGCGGAUCACCUGUCCACCGUUGGACCACAGGUUUAGAACAAAAGUUUGCUCGGUAUCAUCUGGGUGGAGAGACACACGUAGUACACACGCCAUAAGAUCAUGAUAGCUAUACAGCUGAGUCAUGUGAUUUAUGACCUCAUUAUGACUUCAUUCAUAAAGGGAAAUUCUUAGUACGUGCAUGAAUAAUGAAAAGCACUAAAGUGCAAACCCUCCGCAAGAUGCACAUGCGCGGUACCACUUAGCCUGUGCCCUCUCUCUACCUGCCUGCAGGUGUGGCACCUCUCUUCCCUGGGCUAUUGCCAGGUUUAGAAGUUCUUCCCUUGUAGGCCAGUGUAUAAAGUCUGAGCUUGCUGCUUUUGACAACAUAAUGAACGUAGUAUAUACACUGUUACUAAGAUCAGGACACCUCGAUAUCACAACACAUGAAACCACGACACCUCGCUCGGGGGAAUGUUUGGAAAGAGAGAGGAGGGGGUUGGGAGGGGAGAGGAGUGAGGUACAGUAGAAAACCUGAAAAUACAGAAGUGUGCAUGCACAACUUCGAGAUCAACCCUGGACGAACAUGUCAUCAACAACCACACAAAAAGUGACAACUCUACUUGACUCUUUGACUACCAUGGACCCCACCUUCUUCAGUCAUGUGUUACAUGUUUUUAAACUUAUUAUAUUCGUCCCUCACACUGUCUUUCCCUGGGGAAAGUGCUCCCCCACCUUUUAGUCUGCCACUGACUCCCCAGACUCUCAAAUAUCUGGAUACGUCUUUUGCCGAACUGCGCUGGGUUGGAAUCAGAAACAUCCAACUUACAUCAGACAGCACAUGCAAGCUUUGUGGUUCCACUUCCGCUGAGACCGCUCCUCACUUCACUGCCCAGUGUCCCGCCCUCUCCUCAGUGCGCAACUCACUCUCUCCCCGCAGUCUCAUCCCUCUGUCAGCCUCUGACUCCCGACUGUUCGUGGACUACGUUCUCGGCACCGUCCCGCCUCGACCAACUGUCAGCUGCUGCAUCUUCAUUGCCCACUCAAUAGGCUACUCUCCUUUAGUGGAGGUUACAAAGAAGAAGAAGAAGAAGAGCGGCAUGUCGAACCAGCAGCUGCCGUCGUUCUACUCAGCUCCCGCCGCUGCAAGUCUUCAGUCGUCGCCGUCGGUUGACUAUGGAUCGAGCAGCAGUCUUGCCGCGUUUUCCUCUUCUUAUUCUUUUUGCUCCUCGAGAUCUCCGCUCUCCGACACAGAGAGUAGUAUCGGCGCUUCAAGUACUUCUGUAUGCGGUGAAGAAGAAGACGCAGACUGGUGUCUGCCUCAGGCGGAGACGCGGCCGACCUGUGGCGGCCACAGCAGUAAUCGGCGAGCUCGUCGCAGAGGCGGAGAUCAACGGCAACCCCUGGACAGAGUCCCAGUGAACAGAGGUGGACCAAGCGCAGCGAAAAAGAAAAACGCCCGAGAAAAGGAGAAAGUGAAGAACGUCCGGGAGGAAUACGAAACACUCGGCGCGGUGCUCGGGAGCCGGGUCGGAAGAGGCUCCGGUCAUUUUAGCAAGGCGCGAAUUCUCGCGGACGCCAUUCGCCAUAUCAGAGAGCUGCAAGAGGUAAUGCUGCAGAAGACCGUCAAGCAGACAACCACCCAAGAAGCGGGGACCGUUGGCGUCGAGCCCAGCUCCCCUCUUCUUCCACCACCACCCCAGCAGAUCAACCUCAACUGCGACGAGCGGCUGCAACCCACCAACACCAGCCUCGACGGCUUCUUUCAAGAAGAGAUUGUUCCGACGUACACUCAUGAAGUCGCUCCAGACGACUUGCCACCAGCGUACUUCAGCUACAACUCUGGAGCUGAUACCCCUCCUGUAACGAGCAGCCAAUGUCUCUUCUCUCUCCCCAGUGGAGGCCCUCUUCCUCCUUUUUCAUCCCUCGUCUAUUCUCCAGAAAUGGCUGGGCACCUCACGCACUCAAGUGGGGCAGCCCCUGCCUCUAUUGGAGGUCCACUCUCCCCUCUCGGAGUAUCGCCACCACCACAGCAUCCGUACAGCUGUGGCUCAGACGUGUGAAUGGCCAUCGGCUGCAACUAACACUGGUGCAUCAUAUCUGGACAGUCUUGAACAACAAGUUUUCAUUUUUAUAACACAGCAUGUCCACUUUUCAACGAUAUAUACACAUGUAUGUUCGAUAUAUAUUUCAAGG